CCAAAAGAAGGGACCGCUUUCUGGCAGAGUUUGUAAGACGGAGUCCUGUCCACUUCCUAUAACAAUGAGGUCCAUUUGGUGCCACGCUAAGAUUUACUCUUAAAAACCUACCAUGUGAAAACAAAAGGGCGGGUUGAGGAAAUGAAAGGAAUGCCAGUCUCAGCUCUGUUUUGUUAAAGGCAGUUCAGUUUGAAGAAGUUCUUCUCGGCUCUGCUACAGGGAAAUUUCCAGAGCACAAACGUCACCCAGUUCCAACCCAAGAUGAAGACCAAUUACUGCCCUCUUAUCCAGGUUAUGAUAAAUAUCUCACACAACUACACACACAUUGACUACACAUCAGUGUCCCUGCACGGGAUCGUCGCAGUGUUCGGGAUCCUGGAGAACUUGCUGAUCCUGUGGGUCAUCGGCUUUCGGGUACGCCGGACGGUCGUCAGCGUCUGGAUCCUCAACCUGGCGGCUUCUGAUUUCCUGGCCACCCUCUCGCUACCCUUCUUCGCCCACUUCCUGGCCAAAGGACACACCUGGACCCUGGGGAACACCUUCUGCAAGAUCCACUCCUCCGUGUUCUUCCUCAACAUGUUUGUCAGUGGGUUUCUUCUGGCCACCGUCAGUGUAGAUCGCUGUGUGGUAGUGCUUUUUCCGGUCUGGUCCCAAAACCACCGCGAUGUCCGUCUGGCAACCCAGGUCUGCGUGGGAAUCUGGGUCUUGGCUAUCCUCAACACCAUCCCGUUCUACCUCUUCAGAGACACCAUUGAGCGCGUCGAUGGUGGUAUCAUGUGCUACUACAACUAUGCCCUUUACACUUCCCUGGGAGAUGACAUUGAGACUCUCUGCUCAGUGAGGCAGGACUUUCUGGCUGUCAGCAAGUUCAUUUUGGCCUUCCUCAUCCCACUGCUGGUGAUCAUAAGCAGCUACACAGCCGUCAGCCUCCGAAUCAAAAGACGCAACAAGCGUCGUUCCAGCCGCUUCUUCAAACUCAUCGCUGCAGUCAUUGUCACCUUCAUCCUCUGCUGGGUUCCCUACCACAUCUUCAGCCUGCUCGAAGUGACUUCGCGACACCAGCCCCAUCUGAAAGUCAUAGUUGGGAAAUACCUCCCCCUGGUUGCCAGCCUGACGUUCCUCAGCUGCGUGAUUAACCCUUUCCUGUACGUGUUCAGCUGCCCUGAUUUUACCGCCAAGAUCCGCCAGUCGCUGACCGUGGUUAUGGAGACCGUUCUGGUGGAAGAUGAUUUUAAUCGCCGACGUAGCACCACGCGGUCUUCAGCCAGCACCAGCGAGUUCUUGUCUCAGGGGUAUAAGUUCCGCUGGCACCGGGACAAGCGUGGAAGCUGUGGGGAAGGCAAAGAAGAUGAGGAACACCCAGCAGUGUUUUAAAAGACUGGAUGUCAAGGGCUGAGGGAGUGAAUAUAGCGCAAUGGAGAUCACAGUUUAAAUGAGCACAAACACUGGGAUUUGAAACCCUUGUCCUCAAAUACCCUUAUACAAGUUUCCCAUAGUUAACACAUGGCAAAGGGUAAAAGGGUCAAAUAUAAGCAAGCAGGUAAUUAGACAGGUAUGGUAAAAUAUAUUAACAAUAGCAGACUAUGGUAAGCUAUGGUAAAUGCUUAGUAAAACCAUGAGGAAAGCAUGGGAGAACUGCAAAAUUGCAUUGCAGUUUGAUGAGUAAAUAUCCAGAGCAAUCACUGUAGCUACACAGGGCUUAAAGUCUCAAAUUUAUAAAGGGGAAAAACCGACCACAAAAAGUCAUGUAACGAUGCGUGUUCAGCACGGCCGCACUCAGCGUCAAAAUAACGACCUAUUUUAUAAGACUAAUUAGGUAAAGCAGAUGAUUCCACAGUCAACCAAUUUAAAUACCCCUCAUCGCAAUGAGCGGUGGAGAAUUACACACCUCUCACAAUACACAGCGGGUUUGGGUCGACCCUGCGUGUGUUAUCUACACGUGCCAAAAGAAAAUGAACGGCACACAAAGACCUCAGCCUGGUCCUCGCCAUGGCGAUGAGGAUGCUCAAGAGCGAAAACUGAAGUUUACCAAUAUGGAAGCGGAGAUUUUGGUACAAGCAGUACUUGUAACACAAGCUCAAAAUACAUCACCAGGACAAAUGAAUAAAAUAUGGAAUGUGGGGUGGCUUCUUUUUAAACAAAUGGACCACUUCAGAGUUUGUAGUCUAGGUUGCUAUACAUUUUGACGCAUCAUCCAGUCACUAACUGCGUCUGUCCCUCUGUCCUUUUCCGGUUUUCUUUCCAAUUCGAAUUUAACAAUACUGCCUGAACCAGUAUUGUUAAAUACCUGAAUGCCGUAUUACAAAAAAUACAUUCUAUAGGCAUUACUAAAAUAAUGGUGAAAGACGAGCCCUCAUUCUAUGUGAGAGUUUAUCUUUCGUGCGCCUCGAAAUAUCGUUCCAUCUUUUAAUCUCCUCUGCGGUUCUUUUGCACUGUGUGGAGACCUUUUUAGGUACUUCUAAGAAUCUUUUUAUCACAUGGAUUCUCUAUUGGCAGACCUUUUGUCAUGCAGGCUAAGAAACAUGCAUUGAAAAUGGCAGUUUGCAAAACAAUACAGUACAGGUAUUCUAAACCGUAAUGUACAAACUGACUUGAUCAGAAAGGUUAAAAA